GCUUGAUUGAGGCCAAAUCGCACAUCGCUAAUUUCCCCCAUGCUGACGCAAUUCAUGCUUUCACGACGAUUCUGACGGCUCUCGUUCAGUCUACUCUCGACUAUACUCCGAAUCCAUUGCAGGUCAGCUUGCUCGUUCCUAGGAUUCAGGAACUUGUCCAAUCAGCCCCGUCAUCCUCUGGCCAAACGUUACGUUCCGACAUUAUCAAUAUUAUAAUUGAUGUGAUUUGGACGGUGGAUGCUGGGCUCGAGGAUUCACGCGUGGCGUCAAAACUGCUUUUUAGUACUGAGGUGGAUAAAGCGAAAGUCGAGGGAGACAGACGGAGGCUUGCGAACUUAGUGAUAGGUCUGCUGGCCACGGGAAUAUUAUCUCCUUCUCUGUGUAGGGAAUCAUUCGAAACCCAGCUACUUUCCAUGGCCGGGCUUGUUAAUGAUCUCACCCAAUUCGAGCGAAAACUCACUAGAGUUCGAACGACAACAUACUAUAAGCAGACUACGUUCAACCUACUUCGGGAGCAGUCUGAGGGCUACUCGAAACUAAUGACAGAACUAGUGGCGGCCGUGGGGCUUGCCCACGAUCCAUCAACUGGUCUACCUGCGGAAUCUAUGGCUGAGCUGCGAGCUCGUGCUCAAGUUGCAUGGAACAAAGUUGUCGGGCUUAUGGGGGUCUUUGAUCUGAAUCCCAACCGGGUUCUGGACGUUAUCCUUGACAUCUUCGCAAACCAUGUACUCAAUCACUAUUCAUUCUUCUUGGAGCUGUUAAGGCUGUCUUCUUGGGCUCCUUCGUCUAUCGAAUCUCAGUAUGAUAAAUCAGCAACUGUAGUGUCGGCAGGAUCGUACGAGGGAAUGAAGUUUGAAGAUGUGCUCAUGAUUGCGGAGCUGGGGCCUAAUGUCCCAGACCCACCCAGACCAACAUCUUCUUCGGUACUUGCCCAAAUCCUGGGAUUUAAGUACGUUCAGAAUGUGACGAUGGAUGCUUCCCGACUGGAUACACUCAAACUUCAUGCCGUAGCGGCUCUUCUCAUCCGAGAAGGCUUCAUACACCUGGAGGAGUUGUAUCCCCAUCUCUCUCCGUUAGACGAAGAGAUGGGGAAGGCUGAGGAGCAGUACCAACAAAAUAUGAAACAGAAAGCUAUUGCCGCACAGUCAUCUGGUGGGCCGAGUAUGGGGGACUCACCCCUCAAGAGUUCUGCCGCAUCCAGUAGAUCUCGAACUUCGGCUAGUUUGGAUGGUGCGAAGUCUGGCAGCCCGAACAUUCCAAAGGAACCCCCCAACCAGAAAUACCGACUGCUGAGAUUUUUACUCUGCUUAGGGGCACUGCGACCAGCGAUCUACUUAUUAGCUCAAUUUCCCUGGUUGCCGUGUGCGCACACCGAACUUUCUGAUAUUAUCCUAUAUAUGGUCCGUUGGUCAAUUGCACCUCUUCAUCAGCCAUUCUCAAAAGCCGCGGAGCGUAUCACUGCCAAGAACCACCCUAUAACGGAUCGCAUUAUUGUUGAAAAUGGCUCUCCUCCUAAAAUUAUCCCCAAGAAGAAGGCCCUGACCUCCACUUAUCCUGUCCCUCAGUCUAACCAGUACACCGAGUUCGUCUUCUUUUAUCCUGCGUCGCAAAAUCAUAUUCCAGUGUGCUCGAAUGUCCGGGAACUCUUCACUGUUGCAGAGCCUCUCCUCCGAUAUGUCAAAGUCAAUGCUUGCCGUGACAUUGGUCUACUUACCCAUAUUUGCCGCAUUGGGAAGGCCGACCUCAUCGAGGGUAAAUCGUUCGGGGACGAUGCCUUCAGAAGCCGCUUGAGCGAGUGGCGUGGGAUGCUUCGUCUGUAUAUCCUCCCUGCCUUAUCGAUGACGCGCGCCAAUGCAGCAUUCAACGUCGAGGUUUGGAACGUGUUGAAGUUCUACGAUCAGACUGAGAGGUGGGGAAUGUACGGCGAAUGGGCCCAGUCACAUGCGUUGUAUCCAGAGGUGAAGGUUCGACAUGUGGAGGUAACAAGAGAAGUCCGUAGUAUCCUCCGACGAGUGACAGCAAACUCGACAAAUAAACUUUCUCUCCCUCUCGCUAAGCUGGCCCACAGCAAUCCUUGUCUCGUCUUUGCUGAGUCGGUCAGACAGUCAAUGGCUUAUGACAAUCUUAUCGAGGCGAUCGCGGAGUCAGCACGUUCGCUGACAUAUCUGGGAUAUGAUGUCCUCGUGUAUUCCGUAUUAACUGCAUUUACGAAUUCUGCCAAGCCUCGCAUGAAGGAAGACGGAACAUCAGUUGCUAUGUGGCUCCAGAGUUUGUCUACGUACACUGCCACCCUCUACAAGAAAUUCGGGGGGUCCAUGGAUUCAGGCCCUAUCCUCCAGUUGCUCGCUCACCGUCUGAAAAACUUCAGAUCUGCAGAUCUCAUCAUUCUCAAGGAGCUCAUUGCUAAAACUACCCAGAUACAACCUCAAGCAAAUCUGACAGACGAUCAAGUUGCUUGCAUGGGUGGUGGUUCAACUCUGCACCCAAACAAGAACGGCAUCCGACGUCUAUCAGGAGCGCUCCAGAGAACGGACCUUACUGUUGCAUUAUUAGUCCUCAUCGCUCAACAGCGGGAGUUUUGUAUCGAGACCGUAGACAAAUCUGAAGAACAUCUGAAACACAUCAGCAAUCUCUAUGAUGAGUGUCAAGCGAUCCUAUUCCAAUAUGUGGAGUUCUUAAUUUCAGCCUAUGGAACUGAUUAUGCCAGCUUGCUUCCAUCUCUGCAUGAACUAUGUACGACGUAUAAGCUCCAGCCUGACAUUGCGUUUCACAUCUGGCGACCUGCCCUUCAUGAUCCCAUUUUGACGCAUAAUAUCACAUUCAUCCGUGCGUUUGAGGAGAAGAGGAUACAGAAAGCUAAAGAAGAUUCCGAAGCAGCUGAGAGACGAUUAAAGCAGGAGCUCGCCGCUAAACGCGCUCAAUCACAGGCCACCGCCUCUCCCAGCCCUUCUGCCUCGCCACUUCCAGGAGAGGGCAUGGAAAUCAUUUCCAAAGAUUCGAAGCAGGAGAAUAUGCCUCCUUUCGAGAGUGUCACGUCCAUGGAAGUUGAUUCUCCAACUACGAAACAAGAAUCGAAUGCAACUCUUGGGCUAAGCAACAAUGGCAACGUGGACGAAGUCCCCACUUGGCUGCCUCAGCUUGUUCCUAUCAUGGAGUCGGCGGAAAGGGUGCUGCCUGCUAGUGCACUUCGAGUAUUCAGUCCCGGCCUAUAUGUCACGUUCUGGCAGAUGAGCAUGUACGACUUGGUGCCUCUCCAAAAACCGACGGAAAGAGAAGUUAGCAAAAUCAACAGUUAUCUUAAGAGUAUGCCGUCAAGAGAUCGGGAUAGACGCACCGAGGAACACAUGCAAGCUACCCGGAAGGCUUUACUUGAGGAGUUCACAGAGCAGAUCGACAACAGACAAGCUACACAGGAGCGACUUAAUAGGGAGAAGAAUCAUUGGUUCAACCCAGAUGCAACUGCCCAGGAAGCUGUCAGGCAUUUCACUCAGCAUUGUUUACAUCCGCGAAGUCUGCUUUCACCUACGGACGCAGAGUUUUCAGCAAGAUUUCUAAAACAGCUCCAUUUGAUUGGGACACCGCGAUUCUCAUCACUGAGUGCUUAUAAUAAUGCGAGUGAUCUAUUCGGCCAGCAUCUCGCCAAUCAGAUAUUUUGCCUCUCAGAACAUGAGAUCUAUAACUUCAGCCGUUUCUACAGAAUUGUGCUCGAAGACCUUGAUGCGUUUAGCACGGAUGAAAAAUCCUUCAAAGGAGGGGGGAAGAAUCUCCAAGCUCGCGCACUACCCGGUUUUGCAAAGAAGUUUUCCCCCGCGGAGGAGGUGACCUACGCUGAAUUGAUAACAAUUGCAGAAUUCACCGGACUCGUCGGAAAAUUUAUCAUGAGACUCAGGAAGUCCAUCAUUCAGCUCCUCUCCUCUGACACCUACGUUGGAGUACGAAAUGCUGUCAUCUUCCUUAAUGGGAUUUCGUCUGUCUUUCCUAAAACGACAAGCCAGGGUAACGCUAUCAAAGCAGUUAUUGAGCCUCUAGUUGGCAGCGAAAAACGACCAGAUUUGCAAGUUUUGCUCAAAUCGUAUAAUACUCUGCUUCAAACGCGGAAAUCAAGUUGGAUCUCGGACGUUGCCGGGAACGGCAAUAGCAAUGCAGAGCCUCCACCACCGCGUUCAGCCUCUCCUGUCACCGCAAACCUUCCUUCGCGACCUGCAGAUGUGAUCAUGUUGGAGCCCCCAUCGCUGUCAAAUGCUCUAGUCGCUCAAGCUACUGACCCCAAGGAUCCCAUCGCAAGCAUUCCUCGUCCAGCAGUCGUUAGGCGGGUACGAGGUGAGGCGGCGUCUUCGGAAAUUUCGCGGGCCGGCACCCCCGAGAGUCUCCCCGCUAAGCCUUCUGCAAUGCUUCAGGAGGGACUAAAACCUGCUCCAUCUGCUUCGCUCCCAAAAACACCACAGGUCGUGGUAUCCCCCCCUGCUCGUCGCAGACCCGAUUCGGCAAAUCCAAUACCAGGCCUCCCACCUCGUCCUCAAUCCCAAGAAGAUGUAAACGCAAGAAAGCAAGAUAUGCCACCACCCGUGGCCCCCAGCUCAACAUCUGCUGCGCAAAACAUCCGCGUCAAUACUGGCCACCCCGCUGACCCCAUCCUUGAUACUGCACCUCCACGUCCACUGACAUCCGACUUGGUGAAGGACAAGGAGCUUUCCACUCCCCGGCCACGUACGCCAACUGAGCCCAGCAAGGACCGAAGGCAGAGUCCUUCAAGCAAUUCCCGCUCGCGCGCUCCGAGUGUUGAAAGUCACUCGAGUGCACGAGAUGAUCGCCCCAAGGCUGAUCGUGAUCGUGACCGGGAACGGAGUGAUAGAGAUCGCGGAGGCUCCAAAGACGAGAUCAAGGACCGGCCUAGGGUUGGUCGCCUCGAAGAUGAUGAUAGGUCACGAGAUCGAAGUGGGCGCGACCGAGACAGAGAUAGAGAUGCUCACAGAGACCGUGACUCUGGUCGUGACCGUGGAACCAGGGAGAAAGAUAUCAGAGAUGCAAGGGAUCGAGAUAGGCGCGGAAGGGAGAAAGAGGAUGGAAAAAGAGACCGUGACAGAGAACGCGACCGGGACAAUAAGGAUUCGGACAGAGAAUGGGACCGCCCUCGAGACAAGGAUCGCUCUUCCAGAAGGGAUGGCGCUCCCGAACCCGGCCCCCGGAGAAUGAUGGACGCUAAUGGCGCCGGUGGAGCUAUUCUAUCAAGAUCUUCAAGACGUGACUCCAAAAAUGAAGACCUCACUGACAGAGAGCGAAGAGGUGAUGAUUCGUCCCACAAACGCCGCCGCGGGGACGAAGACGACUCCCAGUCUGCGAAGCGCAUUCGUGGAAGCGAUGGCUCUCGCUAUGCCGCCUCAGAAAAAGAUCGCGAUCGCGAUCGCGAGAAUGGGCGGGAUCGUUACCGCGAUGACCGCAGCCGACGCGACCGCGAUACUCGUGACACGCGGGACGAUAACAGGCGUGACAGUACUCGCCGCUCGCGGAAGGAUCGUGAGGAAGGCGGUUCCACACCUCCAAAGAAAAUCUCCGAAGAUAAUAUGACCUCUGGUCCUCCGCCAACUGCCCCCCGCGCGAAUCGCACACGAGAUUCUCCACGCGAUAUCGGUGAUACCACUCGAGCCCCAAGCUCGUCUGGAACGCGUCAGCUUGCGACCUCCUCUCGCCUGGCCGAUCGGUUGUCAGUUGCCCCAAACGAUUCCUCGGCACCUAAGGAUGAUGGAAAGGGAAAAUCUCCAGCUGAAGGUAAUUCUGCGGCAAACGGUGCCGAAGCUGCGAAAGAUGUUGCGCAGCCUCCUGAUUACACGCCCUCUUCCCGAUCCCCUGUACCCCGCGGAGAUUCUGCAGGCCCUUCAAACAAUAAGAAACGCACGUCGUCUCACAUUUCUGCAGCGCACGAAGCAACGGCGGGGGCGAAAUUGUUUGCGGCUGCCAAUGCUGCCGCAGGUUCUGGCAGUGGAAGCAAUGGUGGGGGGGCUACGAAAAGAGUAAAGAUUGACAGGACUCGAAGAAGUGGUCCGAAGAUGGAUUAGGAUCAAAUAGUUAAUGACGUUGUAUCUUUGUUCUAGUGUAUUGUGUAGAUGACGCUGGGUGCAACUCCCUGGACAAUUCAUGCUCCCGUUCUCGUUUGGGCGCGACCCAGCGCUACAAGUAUGAGUCCUGGGAAAGAAUGAAGGCC